AAGCAGCAGCAGCGGUGGUGGCGGCGGCUGCGGUAGCGGCGGCUGCUGCUGCUGAUCCAUAGGUGACAGCGUUCCCUUCUCUUUUCCCGUCCUCUGGCUCAUUCCUGGUUCUUCAGCCACUCGGAGCCACUGUCAUCCCGGGGUUGCGAUAUGAAGAAGCCUUUCUGGAGUGGACAGAGGCCGGAGCUGGCUUGCUCUUCCCCUCGGGAAGUGUGAAGAGGCAUUAGGGGGAGCAGGGGGGAGUGAUCCGCGGAGCAAAGGGAGGGCAGUCGGAGAUUUCCAGUGUGAUGCCCCUGUUUUCGUGCUGGAUCUUUAUCUCUUUGACUUGGAUUCAACACAGUAGCAGCUGCCCUUAUUUUGUCUUUUAACUGGAAAUCAAGAGAGUCAUGAGGAGAUUUGUUUACUGCAAAGUGGCUUUAGCCACUUCCCUAAUGUGGGUUCUUGUCGAUGUCUUUUUACUCCAGUACUUUAGUGAAUGUAACAAAUGUGAUGACAAGAAAGAGAGGUACCUGCUGCCUGCAUUAAGGGCUGUUAUUUCAAGAAAUCAAGAAGGGCCAGGAGAGAUGGGGAAAGCAGUGCGAAUUCCUAAAGAUGACCAGGAGAAAAUGAAAGAGCUGUUUAAAAUCAACCAAUUUAACCUUAUGGCUAGUGAUUUGAUUGCACUUAACAGAAGUCUUCCAGAUGUAAGAUUAGAAGGAUGCAAGACAAAAGUCUACCCUGAUGAACUUCCAAAUACAAGUGUAGUCAUAGUGUUUCAUAAUGAAGCAUGGAGCACACUACUUAGAACUGUUUACAGUGUAAUCAAUCGGUCUCCCCAUAAUCUACUCUCUGAAAUCAUCUUGGUAGAUGAUGCAAGUGAAAGAGAUUUUCUCAAGAUGGCCUUAGAAAAUUAUGUGAAAAAUUUAGAAGUCCCUGUGAAAAUUAUUAGGAUGGAACAGCGUUCUGGAUUGAUCCGAGCUCGUCUUCGAGGAGCAGCUGCUUCAAAGGGCCAAGUCAUAACUUUUCUAGAUGCACACUGUGAAUGUACAUUAGGCUGGUUGGAACCCUUGCUGGCAAGAAUAAAGGAAAAUAGAAAAACUGUUGUCUGUCCCAUCAUUGAUUUGAUUAGCGAUGAUAACUUUGAAUACACAGCUGGUUCAGAUAUGACAUAUGGAGGUUUUAACUGGAAACUUAAUUUUCGCUGGUAUCCUGUUCCCCAAAGAGAGAUGGACAGAAGAAAAGGAGACAGAACUUUACCUGUCAGGACCCCUACUAUGGCUGGUGGCCUCUUUUCAAUUGACAGAAGCUAUUUUGAAGAAAUAGGAGCUUACGAUGCAGGAAUGGAUAUCUGGGGUGGAGAGAAUCUUGAAAUGUCUUUUAGGAUCUGGCAGUGUGGUGGAUCAUUAGAAAUUGUAACCUGUUCUCAUGUGGGUCAUGUAUUUCGCAAGGCAACUCCAUAUACUUUUCCAGGCGGCACUGGUCAUGUCAUCAACAAGAAUAACAGAAGACUAGCAGAAGUCUGGAUGGAUGAAUUUAAAGAUUUCUUUUAUAUCAUAUCCCCAGGUGUUGUCAAAGUGGAUUAUGGAGAUGUAUCUAUCAGAAAAGCACUGAGAGAAAAUUUGAAGUGUAAACCCUUUUCUUGGUACCUAGAAAACAUUUACCCUGAUUCCCAGAUACCAAGACGGUAUUACUCACUUGGUGAGAUAAGAAAUGUUGAAACCAACCAGUGUUUAGACAACAUGGGCCGCAAAGAUAAUGAAAAAGUGGGCAUGUUCAACUGUCAUGGCAUGGGAGGAAAUCAGGUAUUUUCAUACACUGCUGAAAAGGAAAUACGUACUGAUGAUUUCUGCUUAGAUGUUUCUAGACUCAAUGGACCUGUUAUCAUGUUAAAAUGUCACCAUAUGAGAGGAAAUCAGCUCUGGGAAUAUGACGCUGAGAAACUCACGUUGAAACACAUCAACAGCAAUCAGUGUCUUGAUGAGCCUUCAGAAGAUGACAAAAUGGUACCUACCAUGAAGGACUGCAAUGGAAGCCGAUCCCAACAGUGGCUUCUCCGGAACAUGACCUUGAGUGUCUGAGUCAGAUGAAUGUUGCUAUUAUAUUUUUAAGUCCACUGACACUUUUAUUUAUAAUUUCAAUCAGUUGAAGGCAUCAUUCAUUUGGGGAAAUGAAAAAGUUAAAAGACAUUUAAUAUGACCAGAAAUGGGACUGUAUGUUUGUUCCUCUGCUUUGGGCAGAUUUGUUAUAAUCCAGUAUGAAGUUUUUAUAUCUGUUCAAAGGAAGCACAGUUUAGAAGCUGAAAAUAUCAUAAAUGCUAUUAUAAAUACAACAGUGAGUUGUAUAUAUCUAUAUAAAUAUAACCCUUUUGAGCUUUAUCUCAGAGGAUUUGUUUGGACUUUUUUAUUUUUGGUUGUUCUUGUGAUAUUACAAAAUAAUGCUUGAAAGGGACAUACUGUAAAAUGCCUUACAAAAAUAAUUUUUUAGAGGAUUAUGUUCAUCGUUUUAUAAACUGCCCUGUAUCUAAUUGUUCUUCAUGGGAACAUAAAGUGACUACUAAUUGUU